GCUUGGCGAGCUGUGGGCACCUGUGGGCUCAGCAGGCAGCACCUGUUCUUCAGCCUGCCCGUGCCGAGCGCCCCCUCCAUGGCCCCCGAGAUGGACCCCCUCUACAGGUCCACGAUUGCCAUUUACCAGAGCAUAAUGGAGCAGUUCAACCCUGCCCUGGAGAACCUGGUGUACCUGGGGAAUAACUACCUGCGGGCCUUCCACGCUUUGUCCGAGGCAGCUGAGGUAUACUUCAAUGCCAUCCAGAAGAUUGGGGAGCAGGCCCUACAGAGCACCACCUCACAGAUCCUGGGGGAGGUCCUGGUGCAGAUGUCUGACAUCCAGCGGCACCUGAACUCUGACCUGGAAGUAGUGGUGCAGACUUUCCACGGAGACCUGCUGCAGCACAUGGAGAAGAACACCAAGCUGGACAUGCAGUUCAUCAAUGACAGCCGCCAGCACUAUGAGGUGGAGUACCGCCGCCGAGCGGCCAACCUGGAGAAGUGCAUGUCGGAUCUGUGGCGCAUGGAGCGGAAGAGGGACAAGAACGCGCGGGAGAUGAAGGAGAGUGUGAACCGGCUGCACGCACAGAUGCAGGCCUUCGUGUCCGAGAGCCAGCGGGCAGCCGAGCUGGAGGAGAAGCGGCGCUACCGCUUCCUGGCCGAGAAGCACCUGCUGCUUUCCAACACCUUCCUGCAGUUCUUCGGCCGGCCCCGGGCAACGUCCCAGCUGGAGCCCGACCGCCGCUCCCUGCCCCGGACGCCAUCCGCCUCCUCGCUCUACACCAGCAGCGCCCAGCGCCCACGCUCCAACUCCUCUGGGGAGCGCCCGGGCGCCGGGGGCCACAGGAGAGUCCGCGCCCUGGUCUCCCACGCGGAGGGUGCCAACCACACGCUGCUGCGCUUCUCGGCCGGAGAUGUCGUCGAAGUGCUCGUGCCAGAAGCCCAGAAUGGCUGGCUCUACGGCAAGCUGGAGGGCUCGUCCGUGUGAGUGGGGCGCUGGGGUGGAAGGAAGACCACUCCCCGCAGCCAGACCUCCCCGCGCAGCCGUUUCACCCGCUCAGUGGGGUCGAAGAGGCGGUCUCCCCCUACCCCACCCCCGGGGUCAU